UCUGAGUGUUUGAACAGGAAGGCGGACAUGUUGAUCAGGAAAAGAAAGUUGCAAUUGACGGGUACAUUUUCAGGAAGAAAAAAAAUUGUUCUGCAUUUCCAACGCCUUUGAGAAAGAAGCCGGAGAAUAACAGUCGGCGCUUUUUUUUAAAAAAAAAAGUCUAGUUGAGAUCUAAAACUAGCUGCCUGUUUGCGAAUCGUGUUUUAUGUGAAGCGAUGGGUACACAGGAUAUUAAACUCGCGCCGUGAAGACGAAAUAUUUGCAGAAGUUCAUUUUCCUGAGCUGAAGCUGUCAAGGACCAGAUGUGCUGUUCAGGCCUGUAACUGAGGCUUGGCAAGAAGCUCCGUGAAAGUUUUUAUGGUUCCGAUUGGAAAAAAAAGCGGUUGGGUGAAAUUAUGCUGUGAAGCCAUUUGCACCGACUUUUAAAUACAUCCAUCCCUCUUGGUUACUCCGUGAAGAGGUUGACAGUUACGUUGGAAGCGUUUAUUUUGUAGCGAUUUUGUUUACUUUUUAAUUGGGACGAAACUUUAUAAAACAUCGUGGACACAAUGUCAUCUGGAGAAAGUUUAGAGGCUCGGUUUGAAAAGAUCGAAUUUAUGUUAAAAGAUCCCAAGUGCGAAGUGAACAGUGAAUGUUUGCUGGAUAGCUUGGAUGCCUUAAUUUAUGAUUUGGACUUUCCCGCCUUAAGAAAAAACAAGAACAUUGACAGCUUCAUAAAUCGAUACAAAGAUGCAAUGAGUAAAGUUCGGGAUUUAAGAAUGAAAGCAGAAGAUUAUGAAGUUGUUAAAGUAAUUGGGAGAGGAGCAUUUGGUGAAGUUCAGCUGGUGAGACACAGAGGUACAAGAAAAGUAUUCGCAAUGAAACUGCUCAGCAAGUUUGAGAUGAUUAAGCGAUCUGAUUCAGCAUUCUUCUGGGAAGAGAGGGGCAUUAUGGCUUUUGCAAAUAGUCCAUGGGUUGUACAGCUAUCUUACGCAUUCCAAGAUAACCGUUAUCUCUACAUGGUGAUGGAAUACAUGCCUGGUGGGGAUCUCGUAAAUUUAAUGAGUAAUUAUGAUAUGCCUGAAAAAUGGGCCAGGUUUUACACAGCAGAAGUUGUACUUGCUCUGGAUGCCAUUCAUUCUAUGGGUUUCAUUCACAGAGAUGUGAAGCCAGAUAAUAUGUUACUUGACAAAUGUGGUCAUUUAAAAUUAGCAGACUUUGGAACUUGCAUGAAGAUGAAUAAAGAAGGGAUGGUACGAUGUGAUACUGCAGUGGGGACUCCUGAUUAUAUUUCCCCUGAGGUGCUGAAAUCUCAAGGAGGAGAUGGGUAUUAUGGGAGGGAGUGUGAUUGGUGGUCAGUUGGAGUGUUCCUGUAUGAAAUGCUUGUUGGUGACACACCUUUUUAUGCAGACUCAUUAGUUGGAACGUACAGCAAAAUUAUGAAUCACAAAAACUCAUUGACGUUUCCUGAUGACAAUGAAAUUUCCAAGGAUGCAAAAAGCCUCAUUUGUGCUUUCCUCACUGAUAGGGAAGUAAGACUAGGCCGAAAUGGUGUUGCAGAAAUCAAAAGGCAUCCUUUCUUCCGAAAUGAUCAGUGGACAUGGGAAAACAUCAGAGAGACUUCUGCACCGGUUGUGCCUGAGCUAAGCAGUGACAUCGACACUAGCAAUUUUGAUGAUCUAGAAGAAGAUAAAGGCGAGGAAGAAACAUUUCCUAUACCAAAGGCCUUUGUUGGCAACCAGUUACCUUUUGUAGGCUUUACAUACUACAAAGAUUAUAAGAACUCAUCCAGUACCUCUAGACAAGCCAGUGACUGUAGAUCUAAUUCAACUGUAGACAAUAGUCAAGUUGAAGAUUUGAAAAAGAAAAUUUAUGAACUUGAGGAGCAAUUACAUAAUGAAAUAAAAUUAAAGGAUGAAUGGGAACAAAAAUCCAGGUCAGCAAACACCAAGUUAGAGAAAAUAACAAAGGAACUGGAUGAUGAGGGCAAUGCACGAAAAAGUUUAGAGGUUACUGUGUCUCAGCUUGAAAAGGAAAAAGUAGUGCUACAGCACAAAAUUAACGAAUACCAAAGGAAAGUGGAGCAAGAGGCCGAAAAGAGGCGAAAUUUAGAAAAUGAGGUAUCUACACAAAAGGAGCAACUUGAGGACUUGAAGAAAAUGAGCCAGAAUUCUCACAUUUCGAAUGAGAAAAUAGUGCAGUUACAAAAACAAUUGGAAGAAGCUAAUGCCUUACUACGAUCUGAAUCGGACACAGCAGCAAGGUUACGGAGGAACCACACUGAAUUAUCAAAAGCCAUGAGUCAGUUAGAGACAGUAAAUAGUGAACUACAGGAGAGAAACCGAGCUUUAGAAAAUACCAAGCUACAGCUGGAGAAGGAUGUUAUCCAACAGCAAUCUGCUUUGGAUGCCGAGAGGAGAGUUCGCAGCCAUGGCUCAGAAAUGAUCAGUGAUUUGCAAGCUCGGACCACUUCUUUACAAGAAGACUUGAAAAUGAUAAAACUUAACCUUUCAAAAGCAGAGAUGGAGAAGAAACAGGCUCAAGACAAGCUUAGCAAUCUGGAGAAGGAAAAGAAUAAUCUGGAAAUAGACUUGAAUUACAAGCAUAAAAUGUUACAACAGCGACUGGAUCAAGAAAUUACGGAGCAUAAAGUAACUAAAGCACGAUUAGUAGAUGAGUAUGAAUCCAUAGAAGAAGCAAGGUCUGUGGCCAUGAAUGAAAUGGAUAACAAACUGAGAGAAGAGAGGAUGUCCAGACAGAGAGCAGAGAAUCAGGUGAUGGAAGUGGAAAAAAAGCUUUCCAUGUUGGAAGUCGAUUUAAAACAGUAUCAACAAAAAGCGGAGCAGCUCAGUAAGCAGAAGGAGAGAUUGGAGGAUGAGGUGAAGAAUCUGAAACUGCAGCUGGAUCAAGAGAUGAAUAAACGAGAAAUAACAAAGAGUGAACUAAAGGCACAGUCAUUGGAAGCAGACAGUCUGAAAGGUUCAGAGAAGCAGCUGAAACAAGAGAUCAAUUCAUUGCUGGAAUCUAAGCGGUCGCUGGAAUUCCAGCUGGCACAACUCUCAAAGCAAUAUCGAGGAAAUGAGGGACAAAUGCGGGAGCUCCAAGACCAGCUUGAAGCAGAGCAGUAUUUUUCAACUCUGUAUAAGACUCAGGUUAAGGAGCUGAAAGAAGAAAAUGAGGAGAAGAACAGAAUAAAUAGUGACCUACAGAAGAGGAUGCAGGAGCUUAUCAGUGAAAGGGAAUCAUUAUCUUCACAAAUGGAUCUAACUAUAACUAAAGCAGAUUCUGAACAGCUAGCUCGAGCUAUUGCAGAGGAUCAGUGUUAUGAACUUGAUCAGGAACUGAAGAAAGUAACAGUGCGACAUAAGCAAGAGCAAAAUGAGAAAGACAACACCAUUUCCUUACUAGAGGAAUCGAAUAGAACCCUGACCAAAGAUGUAGAAAAUCUAUCAAAGGAAAAAGCAGAACUUGAUGAAAAACUGAAGACUAUGGAAGAAGAGUCGCAGAAGAAGAAGGAGGAAGACUUAAACAACAUGAAAUCUAAUUAUGAAAAGAUAAUUAGCCAGGAACGCACGCUGAAAACACAGGCUGUUAAUAAGCUUGCUGAGAUUAUGAACCGCAAAGAUAUCAAAGUAGAUCGAAAGAAAGCAAAUACAGCAGAUGUCCGAAAAAAAGAAAAGGAAAACAAAAAAUUGCAACUGGAAUUGAACCAAGAGAGGGAGAAAUACAGUCAUGUUGUUGUGAAGUAUCAGAAGGACCUAAAUGAAAUGCAAGCACAAUUAGCAGAGGAAUCUAACCUUCGUACAGAGCUCCAAAUGCAGCUUGACAGUAAGGACAGUGAUCUUGAACAACUUCGUUCUAAGCUUCAAGACCUCCAGCUCCGUAUGGAUAACACAAGUGUAGCCAGUUUACAGACUGAGGAUUCUGAUGGAAAUGUAGCUGAAACCAGAAUGGAGGGCUGGUUAUCGAUACCAAACAGAGGAAAUAUCAAGAGAUAUGGAUGGAAAAAGCAGUAUGUUGUGGUCAGCAGCAGAAAAAUACUGUUUUACAAUGAUGAACUGAACAAAGAACAAUCUAAUCCUUCUAUGGUACUGGAUAUAGACAAAUUAUUCCAUGUGCGCCCUGUAACACAAGGUGAUGUAUACAGAGCAGAAACUGGUGAAAUUCCUCGGAUAUUACAGAUACUAUACGCCAAUGAGGGCGAAUGUCGAAAAGAUGUGGAAGUAGACCCUGCACAGUCAGCAGAAAAACCUGACUUUAUACCUCAUAAAGGUCAUGAAUUCAUUCCUACACUGUACCAUUUUCCUACAAAUUGUGAAGCUUGUGCAAAGCCUCUAUGGCAUGUCUUCAAGCCACCACCUGCAUUGGAAUGCAGGCGAUGCCAUGUUAAGUGCCAUAAGGAUCAUUUGGAUAAAAAGGAAGAUAUGAUUGUGCCAUGCAAAGUGAAUUAUGACGUUAACACAGCUAGGGAUAUGUUGCUACUGGCGAACUCUCAGGAUGAACAGAAAAGAUGGAUUGGGCAUUUAGUGAAGAAGAUCCCUAAGAAUCCACCAGCUGCCUCAUCCUUUGUGCGAGCUUCUCCCAGGACUUCUUCUACAAGAUCAGCGCCAAACCAAUCUUUUCGCAAACCUGCCAAACAUAUUGUUCCAGUCAAGCCCAGCUAACCACCUAUGGAAUUGGGAUCUAAAAUUGUUUUCAAGAAACAAGGUUUUCUAAGGUCACAAACUGGUGCAAAAUGGAUUUGAUUCCUUCCAAUACAAACAUUGCAAAUGUCAGGAUUUCAAUUGUUGUUUAACCCCUGCCUCCCAUUCCUCAUGUGAUCGAAGCAUGCGAAAGACUAUUCACUGUGUGUUACCCACCUAACCAUAGUUAUUUUUUACAAUUGCUACAGAAAAAGCAUAGCUAGAAAUAAGUUUUUUUUUCUCUGUAAUAAUCAAUUGAACACUGGGGUAGAUCAUUAUGGAAUAGCUCAUUGAGCUUUCUUUAUCGUAUCAUUUAAAUAAGUAAGGGAUAGGGCAGCCGCAGUUGAGGGAAUAGCUUAGGCUAAAUAGGAGGGAAGGUGUGGAAUCAAAGUACUGAAAAUACAAGCACAGGACAAGAUGGAACUGCUUUGAAGAUGGUGUCAAAUGCUUGAGAAGACCAAUGACAUCAUGGAAUCUGUUACGUCUUCAAACUUUUCAUGCCUUCAGUGCAGAUCUGUUGAGAUUUUAAAACCUAAAAUCUUUUGGCUUUAGGAUGGAAAAGUUUGGUGAACUGCUCAUUUAAGUGCUUAUAAAUUAUACUGUUCCAAAUGCUUCAGUUGAAAAUGUUAUAGAACUGAGAAAAAUGAACAGAGCGUUUCACUCUUGAUCUAUGCAUUUUUUGCCAAGCCAUAGUGUCAUGGAUUGAUCAACAACUAGAAAUAACAGAAGCAUUAGGAAAGUAGCAACAAUUCAGAACAACCAGGUUUAUGAGUAUAUUGGGGGGGUACAUUAUUUUGUAAUUUUAUAAAUAUAUUGCCUUACAUUUGCAAAUGGAUUCUUAUCAGAUGAUAGACAUCAUUAACUUAACAGAUAAAUUGUGCACUGUUUAAAAUGUAAAUUAUUCUACUCAAGACACUUUAACAGGAAUAACAUUGUCCUGUUGGUGCCUUACUUUUGAAGAACUGUUUUACUGCCAUAUAAUUAAUGCAACAUAAUUUCAAAUAACUGUAUUUGCUUAAACAUUUUCCUUUGCAUUGUGAAAUGUAUUUUAAGUUAAGAUUUUAUCUUGGGUAUAAUUUUGAAUGCAAUGUUAAGGUGAAUAAACUGCCUGUAAUGAGUGGGAUUUAUUCAUAGGAAACAAUGCAGGAAACUUGAAAUGUAGAAGGCAUAUUAAGUACGAUUUGUUUCUGUGAAUUAUUUCAGGAGUCACUCCAGUAAUAUAGGAAUUACUGUAUUUGCUGUUUUAUCUCUUGCCAGUCAGCAGGAACACAUUCAUGAUAUGGUUUACUUCACCCAGUACCUCCCAAAAUAAUUUAUAAUAGCUUUGCAGUUACAUGUAUUAAAGCACUGGAAAUUGGACUUUUGUUUAGGAACGCAUGUUUUAAAUGAUACUGAACGUCGCACUGAUGGAUAUGUACCAAUAAACAUAUCUUAUCUA